AUGAGCUCAUUUCUAUCCUUUACGACCGUGGUGCACUAUACAUGUGACGAAGGAUACAUUCUGGUUGGAGAGCCGCAAAUCACCUGCAGAAAUUCACAGUGGUCGUCUCCAGCCCCUCAGUGUAAAGCUCUGUGUCUGAAACCUGAGAUAGAAAAUGGAAAUCUGUCUGAGGACAAGGAUCUGUAUGUUGAGCCUGAAAAUGUCACCAUCAAGUGUGACCCUGGCUAUGGUGUGGUCAGCUCUCAAACUAUCGCCUGCUCAGAAAACAGAACCUGGUACCCAGAAGUGCCCAGGUGUGAGUGGGAAGUUCGUAAUGGCUGUGAGCAAGUGGUAGAAGGCAUUAAACUCAUGCGGUGUCUCCCAAACCAAGAGGACGUGAAAAUGGCCCUGGAAUUGUAUAAACUGUCUCUGGAGAUUAAGCGACUCAAGCAAGAGUAA